CUUAUCUGUGGUGUAGUGUUGCAAAUGAAAUGCAAUGCAUGUUGCGUUAUUUUUUUUAUUAAUUUUAUUUAUUUUUCAAUAACAUGCAUACAAAUAAGUUAAACAAUGUUUUGUAUUAAACAAGAAUAUGUGAAUUGUAAUUAAAUUUAUUGUCAAAGUGGGUUUAAGCUUAACUCCAAUUAGAACAAAAUGGAAGAAGAGAUAAGAUGUUUUGUUUGUAAAGAAUUCUACAGGGAACCAGUCUUAUUACCUUGCGGGCAUGCACUUUGUAGAGUUUGUGCGGUAAAUUUACAAACCCACAUUCAUGAAGGAGAUAAUCCAGCAGCCUCUAACGAUUAUCAAGAAGCGGACAAAGCCUCGGUGUCUAGCGAAACUGACAGUGGAGUAGUAUGUGGAUCAAGGCCUAAUAGUUACGCAGGAACUCCGGCUGCGCCCGCGUAUUCGAGCGCAGCGUUUUCAAUAACAUGCCCAUCCUGCAGUAAGUUAGUUUACCUAGACGAUAAUGGGGCUGAGGGUCUUCCACCGUUUCGCGUUAUGCGAACUAUUGUUGAGCGGUUUGGGGGUGUCACGGGAGCGCCGCCGGCUGAGGAGGCAUGUCAGAUGUGCGAGGGUGAGAGGCGUGCGGCCGUGGUGCGGUGCGAGCAGUGCUCGGUGAGGUACUGCGCCGGUUGCCGCGACGCCUGGCACCCCACUCGCGGCCCACUGGCGCAGCACGAGCUGCGGCCGCUGGGAACCACAUGCGCUGAUCACGGCUCGCCCCCCGUCCUCUACUGCAACACUUGCCUGGUACCAAUCUGUCAGCGCUGCCUAGCUGAGAGACACUCCACCCAUGAAACACAAGCAUUGUCAAUUGCUGCCAGAGCUCAUAAGACUGAAUUAUCACAAUCACUGCAACAUCUAUCUGAACAAGCCAAAGCCAUGACAGAGUAUAUUCAAAUAGUUAAAGGAACAGGUGAUAAAAUUAAUGAAUCAUGUGAAGAAUUAGAGAAACAAAUAGAUCAAACUUGUGCUGAAGUAACCCGUGCCAUAGAGAGGAGACGAGAUGAGUUGAUCAGAGCAGCUCGCAACACAAGGUCUCAAGCCAUAACCAACAUGCGCUCACUUACAUCACAUGCUGCUCAGAAACUGAGAGAAGCAACAGCUCUGCUACACUUCUCUAUUGAGGCUUUAAAAGAAUCUGAUCAUGCAGCUUUUCUACAAGUGGGCAGCAUAUUGACGGCGCGUGCUCAAGAAACUGCGUCCAAUCUAUGUUCGUCGCUGGACUCCCCGCCCGCGGCGCCCGCGCUCACGCUCGACGUCGAGCCGGUAUUACGUACCGUCCGCAGUAUGAACUUCGUGGAAUGCAUACCAGCUGAAUGUCUUAUGGCGACAUCAGCGCCGGGUGCGCCGGAGAUGGCGGUGGAGGCGUGCGCGGCGCGCGGCUGCUCGUGCACGCUGGCGUGGCGCGCGCCCGCGCAGCCGCACGCCGUGCGCGGGUACGUGCUCGAGCUCGACGACGGGCUCGGCGGACCAUUCCGGGAAGUGUAUUGCGGUCGGGAAACUGUUUGCACAAUAGAUGGACUGCACUAUGCGUCGCUGUACAGCGCUCGAGUGAAGGCAUUCAAUGGCGCCGGCGAGGGACCUUACAGUGAAGUCAUUGGACUACAAACUUCUCCAGUGGCGUGGUUCACAUGGGACGCUCGGUGCGCGGACGCAGAGGGAGGCGUGACGCUCGGCGCGGGAGGCCUGAGCGCGGCAGCAACAGGCUGGCAGCCGCGAGUCGCUCUCGCCGAUCAGCCUCUAGCCCGCGGCCUGCACUACUGGCGACUACGCAUCGACCGCUAUGACGGUGAUGCUGAUCCUGCUUUUGGAAUUGCUAGAGCUGAUGUUGCUAGGGAUAAGAUGUUAGGCAGCGACGCGCUGGGCUGGGCGAUGUACAUCGACGGGGCGCGCUCGUGGUUCGUGCACGGCGGCGCGCACGGCGGGCGCGCGGCGGGCGGCAUCGCGCGCGGCGCCAGCGUCGGCGUGCUGCUCGACCUCGCGCGCGGCACGCUGCGCUUCACCGUCGACGACCGUCCCCAGGGUGAUAUAGCGUUCACGGGGCUUCGCGGCGCGUUCUACCCAGCAGUGUCGUUGAACCGCGGUGUCGCCGUCACGCUUCAGCCCGGACUCACGCCGCCUCCAGAACUGCUGAUGUCGCAGCUCGCCAUCGAAUGAGCGACACGAGUUACUAGCCGAAACCUCCCCUCACCCGAACAAAAACGAGGUUGUCCGAGGUUUGCCGAAGUGCUCUAAAAUCUACAUACGUAAAGAGCCACCGAGUGACAACGACACGUUUAAAAAAGUUAUUAUUCUUGAUGAAUGUCUUAAAAUGACAUCAAAUUAGCAGCUCAGUAACGAAUAGGCAAGUCGGUGGCUCUCUAAGAUAAUACAAAUAAUAUUGGACAAUAUGAACUAAGUCCGUUUCCUCGUACAAUUAGACUUAUAUACCGCCCGAGGCGACUACGUAACAUGUUUGUUUGGUAGGGUAUAUAAAUAACUAAACCCAGUUAUACUUACUGUUAUCGAGAGACUAGCGCCGCCUUUAUUUAUUAGUCCGCAGUGGUGACUUCCUUUGUGAUCAGCAAGUACAGUUUAUAACGUCGACAAACUUAAUUUACGCACAUUAUUUUUAUAACAUAGAGAUGAUUAUCUAAUUUAACUUAAUUUUUUUACACAGUAUAUUGUUUGUGCCGUUUUGGUUUACGAAACUACGUAACUUACAAUACGCAAUAGAAUAACGAAUUUACAUCUAUUGUCAUUAUAUAAAUAUUUUGUAAUGGCCCCCAUAGAAGUAAGAGGCGUUUAAAACUAACAUAAUAUAUUUUAAUGUCUUUAGAUAGGUAUAGAAAUUUGAUUGUGUGAGAUUUUGCUUUCUUGAUUGCCUUUUCUCGAAACUGAAUGCCAUAUAACGCUAAGAUUGUGUCCAUAAAUGAAGUAUGUGUAUAAAAUACUUCAUAAUAAGAAAAUAAUGAACUUGUACUUAUUAACCACAAUUUGAUCUCUUGAAUAUGAACCUUUUAUUAGUCAUGAACUAUGAACAAAUUAAUGUGUAACAUAAUUAAAAAACAUGCGGAAACAUGACAUUGCAGUUAAGUAUGAAUAUUCCCUAUUUAUAAGUUUUAAAGUUUUUGUGUUCUUAUUUUAUUUAAUGUCUGAUUAACAAAGUUAUACAUACAUAUAAGAUCAGGGGACCUGAAGUGUAACUAAUAUUCCAUUACCCACCAGAAUUGUCCGCCAACCGAUAACAUUUGCUUUUCGUAAGGCAGCUUUAUUUUUAUUUGAUUUACCUAGAUUACUUUUACUGUGAAAACAAUAUUUCACUUCAAUUUAGCAAAUUUGUCAGUGACACUGUCAUGGUCUGCGGUUGGUAGGCAGCCAUAGCAGUAAUAAGAUGUUAUUAAUCCACUUAAAAAAUACCAAAAAUUAUAUUCAAUCGAUAUGUGCCAUAAAAAUGCAUUUAUAUACAUGUUCAAAAGCGCGGAAUCUGUCAAAAGCGCUGAACGCAGUCAACGCUAUCUCUGUGGAAUAGACGUCGUUUGUAUUAUAUCGAAAAACUAUAUAAUCCGCUGAUCAUUUCCGUCGAACGAUCUCAAUCUCAAUAUGUCCCCCGACAACUCACGUAGUCCGAGUGUCACUAAUGAAUUUGCCAAUCUAUAAUAAACUAUGUGUUCAAAAUUGUACUAUUAUUAUUUCUUUUUUAAUGUAAAUAAUAGGUAUAAAUAUUAUAUUAUUAAAUUAUUUGCAGAACAUCAGAUGCCAUUCUGACAUAUUAACACCCUCUGUCUUUAAAUUAACAUAGGACAUAUAAGCCGCAGAUGAAAAACACCCUAUCGCUUUAUGUUUAGUAUAAAGAGGAAGAACUGCGAUAACAUGUAUAUGAGAAUGGCUAAUUAAUUAGGUUUCAUUUUUUCUGAUGAUGAUAGGAUACGGUAAAAACUGAAAUACACAACGGCUAUCCCAGUUAAAUACAGUAUUUAUUAAACUUAACACUGCCCAGAGUUAUAUUUUUUAUUUGGUUUUUGUUUGGCUGCUAAGCGCUUGGUAGUGUCCUUAUUUUUAAUUUUAUUUAUUUAACUUUACAUCUUAGAUGCAAAUAAAUAUUUCAACUUGUAUGAAAAAUAUAUAUUUAUUCAAAGUUCGAUUGCAAAGCACGGGCGUCUACGAGAAACAACAUAUCUAAUAGAACGUGUAAAAUAUUUAAUUUCCUCACAUUCAGUUUGUAUGAUACGAAUAUUAACAGGUUAAAAUAUCAAUUUACGACGUAAAUAAUAAUCAUAGAAUAAUAAAACGGUUAUUUAACUGAAACUGCUGAUUUAAUUACAUGAACUGUAUAAUGUACUUAAUUAUGACUGAUUUUCAUUAAAUACUUUUAUUACACAUC